CACACAUUUAAAUAAAUGGAUACAUUCUACAUAUAUAUAAAUAUAUAUACUACCUUUUCGACACUGAAUCACUGAUCCAUCUGGUGAAAAAUUUGGUACUGCUACAAAAUUGUAACUCGGCAGUGGUGGUACUUCGUACCUUCUGUCUUAUCUUACACCGUGAACCGGACCGAACCAAAAGGGGCUUGAACAAAUCUACCGUAUCCUGAGAAUUUGUGUCUUUAGAAUAUCUACAAUGUCAGAUCAAUAUUUGGGUUGUACUGUCUCUGUUAAGUGCAUCGAAAAUUUAGGCAGCUAUCAAGGCCAAAUUAUUGCCUUGAAUGACCAGAGUGUAACAUUAGCUAAAGCCUUUUGCAAUGGUGUGCCUAACACUUCUUCCCAAGUAACUCUAAGAGCAAAAGAUAUCUUUAAAAUUGAUAUAGUAUCCUUAGUGGAUGUGUCUCAAAAAGAUGACCUACCACAAAGCAGAGUCACUGUUAAGAGACCAAUUGCUAAAAGGGCUGGGAGGUCAGUCUCAGAAUGCUCUUUCCCAAUUAGUCAACUGCAAAAUUUUCAAACUUUAUCAAGUUUCAAGAAAUUACCACUAGAAACACUGCCUUAUUUAGAUACGUCAUGUACAAAUGGGAAAGUUAGUACAGGUCUAUCUAAGACUUCUCGAAAAAAAAUGAGUGAUCGGGAUGAGCAAGCCUUUGGUACACCAAUAGAUCAGAGUCUCAAUCAAGAUUUUGAUUUUGAAAAAAAUCUCGCUUUAUUUAACAAAGAGGCUGUUUGGCAAGAGAUUAAUUCUAAAAAACCAGAUCUAGUGCAGCAGUCUCAAAAUAGAAGUGGUAACAAAGCUAGAUACAGGCAUGACGAAAACGUCAUAGAAUCAGAACCUGCUACAUUUAGACAAAUUAUGGUUCCAGAUCCCAGAGCAAAAGAGUAUGUGACAGAUGACGGUUUAAUCAUUCCCAGUAUUACUUUGGAUCUUCAAAGACAACUGAUUGGAGCCGCUGAUCGACUUGGUAUUAGCUGGGAACGACGAGUGGAGCUAUUGGGUAGAGCCGGUACAGAAAUUAUUCUGCAGCUGUUGGGUGGAGCACAUCGGCUGAACCCUAACAAUGCGCACCAGUGGCCGACAGUGGUUGCCCUUUGCGGACCACAUAGGUCUGGAGCAGCCGGCAUCAAUUGCGCGCGACAGCUCUCUAGUCACGGGGUCAAGACAGUGGUCUACGUCGAAAGUUCGGAAGAUGUCUUUCUACUGCAAGAGCUCUCACUCUAUCGGCAUACGGGCCACAGAGUCGAAACAGAGAUUAUGAACUUGCCACCAGUAGCGGAUCUUAUAAUUGUAGCGCUUUGUGAAGAGAAGUCUCCCAGAAGAGUAGCGCCCAUAGCUAAGUGGGUCAGCAAUAACAAGGCAUCAGUUCUUGCUAUCGAGCCACCUUCUUCUGGUACCCCUGGUAUCGUUAGCAAAUACUGUCUCGUUUCUGGGUUGCCCUUGGCCCAUUGUCCUGAAAAUGGUAGGCUAUACUUGUGCAAUCUUGCUUUGCCGGCUAAACUGUUUGCGGAAAUAGGCAUCACUUACCGUUCGCCCUUCGGCCCAAAAUUCGUUAUACCUCUGCACCUUAAUAGUUCCUAGCCUAAAUUUGUCUUAACAUGAUACUUAUAAACAAUGAACGGACUAACAAAUUGAUAAAACAAAUAUUAUUUACGAAUCAGUUAAUUGACCGAUCCAGUGCGAGUAAUUUUUAAUAUUGUUACGAUGUUACGUUAAUCAUCGAUUUAUCCCAUCUUAAAUUGAAUUUGACUACCUGAUUUCUCCCGAACAGAGAAUAAUUUUAGAUUCUAAUCCGAAUCCAAUCCGCGUUUUCUACCAAGGAUCUGAUUUUGAUGUAUAUUUCGAAUCCGAGUCGGAUCACCGCAUUCAACAUCCGAAGAUUGGAUCUGAAGAGGUUUGAUAGCAAUAUCUGAUUUAUGAAACGUGGUGUAUCUAAAAAAAGAUGUACAACAAAACUUGUAUGCAAAAUCACUGUUUAAAUAUACUGCUGGUAUUUUUACAAUUUUAUUUUUUCUAAAACGAAUACAAAUUU